UAGGAGAAAGCCAGAAGCUUAGAAGAAUGUUCUGUGCAAGGGUCAAGUACAUGUCACAGUAGGAUAUUUGACUCUUAAUUACUUAAUAUCAAGUACAGAAAUGUAAUUCAUAAUGAGAAGGCGUUUAAUUUUAAAAAAGACGAAAUCAUUUGUGUGUAUGUUUUCUAUUGUUCAAUGCGGAAAAUAUUUACUUCAUUACUAAGUAUGCGUCAUUAUUACUUGAAGCUUUUUACCGUGGGAAUAUAAAAAUCUUGAAACUCAAAAAGUGUUUAUGUUCAAAAACAAAAUCUGUCAAUAAUUAAGAGACAAUUUGUAUAAAAGUAUCCAAGGUUUAUCAGAAGAAUGUGUUAGACCAAGUACCCGCUUUCCACUUUCAUCCUCAUGGCGAAUGUAUCAUCAAUCAUCAUUCUAUUGCUGACAUUAUCCCUCUUUGCUUAUAGUAAAGGGACAAUAUCUUCAAAUUCAUCUUCAGAUGGCGCUGUAUCCAGUAAUGUGAGCCAAUUUACUGACAUUAUAAGGUCAAACACAACUGUCAUUCUUCCUUCUCUCCUUAAAAAUGAAUGUAAAGUUGUUGUUGACAAAAUGAGUGCAUAUACAUUUCAACAGGUAUUGAAAAAACAUAGGCCCCAUUUUGUUCAGUUUCAUAUUGUAAUACAGAAUGCAAAAGUAAACAAAACCAAAGAUGUGUUUCAACCUGGCAGAUGGUACUGGACUUUUGGAUUAAUGUCCAAGCCAUACCAAAUACCAUUAUGGAAAUUACGUUAUGAUAUUUAUUCGUUUGGACUGUUGGAUUUUAAAACAGCACUUGCACCACGCGUUGUCAUGACGGUCCAUGGGAAAUGCAACUUGACAUUGGGAACGGAAGAAACAUCGGAACUUAUCACGGACGCUUUAAGUCCACUCGUCAAUAUCGACAGCGCAUCUAAUCUACCACAAGAAUAUCUGGAAAACUAUUUUUGUUAUCUUUCAAUCGACGAAAAUAUACGCGAUACUUUAGCUUACCAAGCGUCGAUUUACUUCCUAUUCCCUAUCAUAUAUAUCGACUACAAAUGUUGUUUACUCAAAUACAACUUCAGGGAUGAAAAGUUUGACAACAAUUGUUCUAAAGACAUUAGGCAUAUACGAUGGACGCAUUUAACAACUAUCAACAUAAUUCUUUUCAGUUUGAUAAUGGCAUUUUUUCCAAUACCUCUUUUCAAAUUAUUGGCUUGGCUAGGAGAAAAGGAUGGUACAAAAGAAAUACCAAUGAACGACGUAGACCAAGAAGAAUGGAUAUAUGCAAACGGAGGGCAUCCUCUUAUAUUUUUUGAUGUCAUGAGCUUCCAUUGGAUUGGUAUCGACAAACAAUGGCCAGUGUUAGUUUCAAGAAUCAGAAGAUUCUUUUGUCUUAUACUGAUACCGUUGAUAAUUUAUAUUGAGCUGUAUAUGAAUACCGACGGUAUUGGUGUUUGGAAGAAAGGUGAUAAAAUAACUAUUAAAGAUUUUGUGGAUGUGGGAGCACCUGUAGGAUUUCUGGCACUUCUUGGUGAUGCAAGCAAUAGACAUAAAGUUUUCGUCCCGGCAUUAGGGGGACCAGUUGGCAUCACUGCUCUUUAUUUUGUUCUUGGUUUUUUCUUUUUCGUUUUACCUAAAUGUCUUAAAAAUGUUGUACACAAUGGUUUGCCACUUUCUGAUAUGUUUUGUGAAAAUCUUAGUGUUAAUAAUGUCGAAGAAAGACAGCAGUGUCUCAGCUGCAGAGUUAUAAAGUCGCCCCUUUUAUUCGGAGCAAAUGAUAUUAUUAACCUGUCACAGAUCAAUGUUGACCCUGCUGAUUUGAAACCUGGAUACAAAAAAGGUGGUACUCUGAUGAGAUGUAAUUUCUAUAUGUUAUUUUCUAUGAAAUUCUGGCGUUUAGUCUGGCGAAUACAAAUAACGAGGGCACGUUUCAUUUGUGACCGAAUGCCAAUGCUUCUGUGCUUGCUCAGUGUUGUUUGUAUACCUUUAUAUAUUGUGAUUUGUCUCUUAGAAAUUUUGAUGUGUCUUUUAUAUUUUGGAGUACCGUUUCUCUUUUUCUUCAUUAUAAUGAUAAGAGCGGGUAUGAAAAUGAUACCCGAUUUGAGGAAAAAAUAUACAAUAUUUUCGUACCUUUUCAGUUUUUGUUUCACAAGAUGCCUCUAUAACUUUGUGUUAUCCAUAUCCAUUUUGGUAUUUGCUUACUGUUGUAGCUUGCUGUUUGUCUCAAGCUUUACAUUUGUCACUAAAGUGAUAUUAUACUGCUUUGUUGCUGUCGUUAUUUUCCCUUCGGUUUCUUUUGGAAAUAUUUUCCUUUUUGUCGUUAUUGUAUAUUACAUAAUACGCCAACUUAAACUGUUUAAAUAUAAUUAUACAUCACUACUUCUUUCUGCAGUCACAAUAUCAAAACGGAUCAAUAAAACACAAAAUUACGUAACUUGCUUCAAUGCUCAUUUGACUGUUUCAAACGUUAUGUUUAACGAACUGAGGGGAAUAGAAAUUAAUGGACAGUUGUUGGAUACUUCUCAAAAUACCAUCAUUCCUAAUACAAGUGAAAAUGUAAUUGAAAUGAAAAUAGAAGAACACAGCUAUGGUAUACCAAAUGAGCUUUUUCAAUUGCUCAUUCGUAAAUAUCGCCCAAUACACAAACACGUUCUGUCAAUGCUAUUAAGAGUUUCCAUUUUAACAUCCUGGUUACUCCUUUUCCUUAUCAUAACACACAAUUAUAGUUUAGUACCGGAUGACCAAAUAACAGAAGUACUUCAAGUGAUAUUGAUCAUCGCUGUUGGUGCAUUGCCAAAGCUCAUAGAAUCUAAUCAUAUCGGUCAUUCUAAUGCGCCAAAGGACAAAAUAGAAAAGAAAUUCAUGGAGCAGACAAUUAUUGAAUACUGGACUAAACGAAAAGCAUCAUGAAAAAGUGUAAGUUCAACACUGCUUUUCUAGACAUUGAAAGGGACAUUAGUGUUUACAAAAGUUUUCACUUGUGCCUGCUUCUGCAAUUAUGCUGAUACUGAAGGCAUUUACUGAUUUAAAACUUAUCUUAUCGACAUCUGUGUUAUUUCGAGUGAUUUAAUUGACAUCAAUACUAUUUCAAUUCUUUAAAAUCGACAAUUACAAAAAUUAUUCAAAAUUCAAGAAAAUUAUAUGUUACAUGUAAUUAAUGAUUGAUUUUGCAGUAUUUAUCACCAUUUUUGUCUUGCACGACUAACGCCGUAAGGGCCAUUUUUGCAUAUUCUGACCUAUCUUUUUGGUAUUUUUUGUAGAUUUUAACUACCGUUUGAUGUGUGUAAAUCAUCACUUGACUUAAUUCUAAUUUUAAAUACAUUUUUUUAAUUUUAUGAACAUUAGCAUGAAUCUCAGGUCAUGUUGCUUUAAACUCACAUAUUGUACAUUAUUUCUACUUGACAAUCAUUCCUCUGUACAGUAUAGUAAUGACAUUCUUUUUUUCUGUUACAAUAUUGGGAGGAAUUUAUCUCAUAGACAGAGUGAAUGUUGAGGUUGGAAACUUUGAGAGAUUUGAUGAACAUAUGAUUAAUGAAUUUGUUGUUUAAUAAACACAUAUACGAAAUGUUAUAAUUUAUAGUAGUUCCUUUCUAAAUCAAGGGUGAGUAUCUCUUUAGUAGCUUUAAUAGUAUACCACAUUUUUGUUUAAAUGCAAUAUAGCAUAGUCACUUAGUCUGUUUAUCUGGGUCUGAUUCAAUUGAUUUAAAGCAGAAUCCGCAAUAUCUUCCAAUACGAUCUUGACAUACUAAUUCGAUUAAUCUGUGAUUAUACAAGGCACAUUAUGCCUCCGAUAUAGAUAUAUUUUUAACUUCUUUAGAAAGGAAAAACAUAAAUUCUAUAACGGUUACAUUUAGAUAAUGGUUAUAAUAUAUGUUAGAUGCCUGAAGAACCUGAAGAAUGUAGCGAUAAAUGUGACAAAAUUAGUAAUCAAA